AGUGGGUGUACACAUGAGUUGUGUGCUUCAGUUCAGAUGAGCUCAGAGAGCAGAUGCGCACACGUCCGUGGAUUCCUCCGAUCUGAGAGAGUGGAUGAAGAGUGGAUGCUUUCACACACACAUAGAGGCGCGCAGUGGAGGAUCUCAUGCGUGCUGCGAAGACUGAAGCAGAUUUUCUGGCUGGAAUCCGGGAUGCUGCACUGACCUGGACUCAGGAGAACCAUCGCACUUUGAGGACUCUUUUGUCAUCUUCUCUCCCUCCAUUUCUGUUUGUCUAAACAUGCCGGGAUCCGCUCCAUCGGGCCAGCCUGCUCAUUUGGAAGGACGCCAGACCUCCAGCCUCUCAAAUCUGCAAGUUCACUCCAAUAAAUUGUGACAUUGUCUGUCAGCCCUCGGAAUAAGAAAUCGAUAGUCAAGGAAGGGGACGCGGAAUUUUAACGAUCCAUUUCCUCCCCGCGCCUUAUAAAUAUGCGAUUCCCCUGGAUGGGCUCGGUUCGGUUCGAGCUUUUAUCAGCUGGAGCGGCGCCGGUGGUGACUGAUCAUUGCUGUUGAUUUUGUUGUCCAUGCAAGACUCGGGGUGGAAACAUGUCUGGCCACUUCUCUGAGAGGAUCACUGCUAUCAGAGAUGGCAUUUUGGUCCAGCACUUCGGUCUUCACCUCUAAAGUGCCCCGGAAGAUCUUAUUCAUGUUCACCCUGUCCCUGUCUGUCACCUACUUGUUCUACAGCUUGAUGAGCUGCUACAACUCGCUGCAGUUCCCGCUGCAGGAGAACUACGUGUUUCAGGGGCGCCUGGUCACCGAGGAGACAACUUUUGUCACGCUGAGGGAGAAACUUUACUCCACUCCACCGGGUUUUACGGAACACACCGACCCCGACAGGACCACAGAGUCCACCUCGCGCGCCCGCGAUCACGCCGAGGCCGAAGAGAGGACGGCGGGAUGGAUCCAGAUCACCGCCGCGGAGCAUCGCAGCGGCGCGCCGGAGAAGGAGCGCCUGGAGUUCAGCACCACGGACAGCGACCUGCGUCCCAAUUGCACCUCGGAUUACGGAGUAAAGAAACUUCCGCAAGCCAUCAUCAUUGGAGUGAAGAAAGGGGGCACCAGAGCCCUGCUGGAAGCUCUCAGGGUCCACCCAGAUGUCAGGGCGGUUGGGAACGAGCCACAUUUCUUUGAUAGGAACUACGAGAAGGGGCUGGACUGGUACAGGGAGCUGAUGCCGUCGACGCUGGAGGGCCAGAUCACCAUGGAGAAGACACCCAGCUACUUUGUGACUAACCAUGCCCCCAAGCGCAUCCACUCCAUGGCCAGGGACAUCAAGCUUAUUAUUGUGGUGCGGAACCCUGUCACAAGAGCCAUUUCAGACUACACUCAGACUUUAUCCAAGAAACCAGAGAUUCCCACUUUCGAGGUUCUUGCCUUUAAGAAUCGAACGCUUGGUCUUAUAGACGCCUCAUGGAGCGCGCUGCGGAUUGGGAUAUACGCGCUCCACCUGGAGACCUGGAUGCAGUACUUCCCUCUCUCUCAAAUGCACUUUGUUAGCGGGGAGCGAUUGAUCGUGGAUCCAGCGGGCGAAAUGGCCAAAGUACAGGACUUCUUAGGACUGAAACGGAUUGUUACAGACAAACACUUUUACUUCAACAAGACGAAAGGGUUUCCGUGUCUGAAGAAGCCGGAGGACAGCAGCACCCCGAGGUGCCUGGGCAAGUCGAAAGGGAGAACUCACCCUAAAAUUGAGCCGGAUGUGAUACGGCGGCUGCACAAGUUCUACAAACCCUUUAACAUGAUGUUUUACCAAAUGACCGGACAGAAUUUUAAUUGGGAGCUGGAGGAGGAUACAGAAAUUCGCGGCUCGAGGGACUAGCAGGCAUGGCACGAGUUCAGCCACACCACCAGCCUUCUCAGUCAAACAUUUCGCUUUCCUGUUCCAAGACUGCGGGAGCGCAUCAAUCAAAUCACGGCUGUCUUUGCAGUGUUUGUAUCCAUAGGCAAGAGUUUACUGACAUACUUUCCCUCCCCCCCCGCGCCACCACACCCCCAAAAAUACUAAUAUUGUUGAUGAUGGCAAGUCAUUAUUGUACAUAUGAAACAUAAAAUAUAUUUAUAUUUGUCAAAAGAAGAUGAUUUAUUCUUGUUUUUGUUUGUUUCCAAAGCACAAAGCUGACACACAUGUUGACCGUGGCGGUGCAUGCGAUGAGUUAAGUGUCCUUACCUCAUGAGCCUGAAGGGUAAACUCUGCCUGUCUCCCUUUAGUUUCCUUGCAGUUUGUUGCCCUCACACCCACUCACCAGCACCCAGAAGAUGAAAACGAUUCUAUUUCAAUGGUUUAGGUCAUGACGCGCUGUGUAUUAUUUCUUUCAAUGCUGUCCUGCUGCUGAAAAGGAGAGAGAUGAAGAAAAAAAAAUGGUACAAUGAAAUCCUCUUCUUGUUCAUUUAUAUGGUUUCCAAUGCUUCACCUUUGACCUUUAUGGUCUGCGUCGCCGUUUCUUAUUUUAAUUUACGAUGGCUUUUGAAAAAAUAAAUUAUUUACCGAAAGUGCUUCAGAGGGGAUUAUGUGUCCAAAUAUUCACAGGCCUUUAUCUAGGAAUUCUGUUGGGUGCAGUGUUUACAGAAUCUUUUCCCCAUUUAAGUACAUUCCACAGUGGUCAACAAGGUUCCUGAUAAUACAGACCACUCUCUUCCUGUGUGACCUAGACUGGGUUGAUCCUCAGAACUGUUAUUGAUCAGCACAUUCUCACUCUCAAGGCAUCAGAUAACAAUUUCCAAGUGACUUUUGCAUCCUGUGUUGAAACAGAAAUCAGCCUUCAGUGUUGCAUGUUGCUGUAUUAGACUUUCAGUGCAAGA